AUUCCUAUUUCGAAAAAGAAUAAAAAAUAAAAAAAGGUUUUAUCCGAAAAGGAACCAUGAACCAUAUGAAUACAAAGAACACCUACCAAAUGGUUUUUGAUGACUUUAUAAAUAACCAAAUUAUCUGAGAGAACUUUUCUAAAACGCCACAGAGAGAGAGAGAGAGAGAGAGAGAGAGAGAGAGAGAGAGAGAGUUAGCAACCAGACGAGACGGACGAGACUGUAACUAGAUGAUGUUGUUGUCCUUGUGCUCGCUUUCAUAACUCAAUUGGUUUGGACCAUUUGAUUUUGUUUCUUCUUUAAUUAAAUUCCUCAAAAAGUAUUCUGUUUUGGUUCCGUCUCUGUUUCUAAACUGCUCUUUAGUCUUUACUCGUAACUCAUCACGAUCUCUCCUUUCUUCUUUUCUUUUCUAGCUAUCAUUUUCACAAAUCUCCAUAAAAAAUAUACUAUUAUUUUGAUAUAUAUAUAUAUCUCAUCGAUCUUACCAAACUCUUUUGUCUCCAAGAGUUUCUGGUUCCCCUGUUUCAAAAAAAGAUCUUCUUUUGAUCCAUUAUGGGCUGUACGAGCUCGAAGCACCGUAAGCGAUGCCACCACUGCCAGCAAGGAUAUUGUCCGGUGAGCAUGCGUCAAAUCCAAUCGGUGCACCACCCAUCUCAACACUCCGACGACAGCUGCCACAUGGUUGCUCUCAGCUCCACCAGCCUCGGAUCCCUCAAGCUCUGCGGCUCCUCUGACUUCAGCGGUAACCUUGUCUCCGCCGCCGCCGCCGAAGAGUCUGGAGAGAAGCGACGAGCCUCCGUGAAUGCGUUUGUUCACAAAGAGAGGUUAGAGAAGGAGAAACCUAAUUUGGAGAUGCAGGCUAAGUUUAUUGAAGCUAAAGUAUGGUCAAGCAUGAUGAACGAGAAGAUCCCCAAGAUUGUCCCUAAAACUCCGGUCUUGACGCCUCCCGGAGAGCCGGAGACGAUCAACACGUGGGAGAUGAUGGAUGGGCUUGAAGAUUCUGUGACCCCUAAUCACGUUAGGAGCUUCUCGUUUGAUUUUGCUGGUCAUGGUGGUGGUUGUGAACGUCCCAAGUUGAAUGGUGAUGUGAAGCCACUGUGGCUUCAGUUGGAGGAAGAAGGGCUUGACGACUUGGUUGAUUUCGAUCCUGAGAUCAUAUCUUCAUUCAGGAGGUCUCUCCAAGAACUUCCUUCUGAACAUCCUUUUCACAAUUCGAUUCAUGACUUGAAACUGAGGCCACAGUUUAAGUUCUCUGAUGAUGAAGAGGAAGAAGAAGAGGAACCUACUGGUAAAGACAGAGUGAUACUCUACUUCACAAGCCUUAGAGGUAUCAGGAAGACAUAUGAAGAUAGCUGUGAUGUCAGAAGUAUACUAAAAAGUAGUGGAGUUAGAGUGGAUGAGCGGGAUGUGUCGAUGCAUUCUGGUUUCAAAGACGAGCUUAAGGAGCUGCUUGGGGGUAAAUUCAAAAAUGGUGUUGGGAUCACCUUACCUAGAGUUUUCUUGGGGAAGAAGUUACUCGGAGGAGCAGAGGAGAUUCGGAAGUUGAACGAAGAAGGGAAGCUUGAGAAGCUUCUACAAGGCUGCGAGAGGGUGGAAGAAAACAAAUACUGUAAUGGGCAAGAAUGUGAGGCUUGUGGAGAUGUAAGGUUUGUGCCUUGUGAGACAUGUUCAGGGAGCUGCAAAGUGUACUAUGAACAUGAAGAUGAUGAUGAUGAUGAUGAUGAUGAUGAAAGUGUAGAGGAAGAAAAAGAGUAUGGGUUUCAAAAAUGUCUCGAGUGUAACGAGAAUGGACUCAUCAGAUGUCCUAUUUGUUGUGAUUAGCUUGUAGAAUAUACACACACAGAGAAAACCUUAUUCUUGUUUUUGUUUGUUUUACUACAUUGAGGUUUUGAGUGCUGGAGUGUUUUAUCGCCUCUAGAGGUUUUGUUCUGUACAUAUGUUUAUGAUAGUGAAGAAGCCUAUAUUUCAAAAUGUAAAGUUGAAAUUAGGAUGUGGAGCUUUGUUGUUAAUUCUUUGACGUUCCGUUCAUGGUUUACAUGUUGUUGGGGACUCAUAUAUUUGAAAGGGCAGUGGGAGUUCGAAUUAAAAAGUCAGCUCAUGACAAAAUAUGUCCGGAGAAAAUGAGAAUCUGUCAAACACUAUGCUUUUAAUUUUGUCACUAUAUCAAACUUUUUAUGGGAUGUUUAAAUAAUAGCCACUGAAUAGUAAUGGGAUGUUUGAAUAAUAGUCACUGAAUAGUAAUCCGCGUUGUGCGCAAAAUAAAAUAGUUUAUUAGAUUAUUUACUGUAUGUUGUGUUAAGAAAUUUGUCGUAUAGUUUUUUAGAGAUAAGUAUUUCAUAUAUCCGUUCAGAUUCAGUUGAUCUAUUCGAAUUUCAAAUUUUUAGAGUUACGAAUUUAAAUCUUAUUCGGAUAUCUAUAAAUUUUGAAGUUUCCAUUCGAAUCAUUGCAGGUUUGGUUCGGAUUUCAGUUCAAACACCUAUUUAAAUUACGUAUUUUUAACAAAAAUCUAAUUAUACUUAAGUCCUAAAAACCCGAAAAUAAAUAAUAUAAAACAAAAAAAAAUUGAAUAAUGUAAGACUAAAUAUUUAAAUUUACAUAAAAAUUAGUUCAAUUUAAAUAUUUUGAUGGAUAACAAAUAAAUAUUAUAUAUAUUUUGAACAUUAAAUAUUUUUAGAUAUUUUAAUA